GUGGGGGAUUCUACCACAUUUGAGCUUCCAGUCGCCGUCCCGAAGCUUACUUGCUUCCCUGCCUUCCCAUUCCCUUCCCUUCCCUUUGCUUUUCUUUGCAUACUUGCUUGCUUCGUAUUUCCCUUACUAUUCCCCACUGCCAAUCGAAUCCUUUCCGGGCCCUUCAUUUAUCAGGCAGCAGCUACUUCACACAAUUCUGCGCUAUUACUGAUGCAAUCCUCGUGCAGAGGAGGAGGAUUGAUAGAUUGAUAGAUAGAUAGAUUGAUUGAUUGAUGGCUUCGUGCAGAACAGAUCUCGCAGGUCGAUAAUCAAUCUCGAGGAGGAGGGAGGAGGAAGUUAAGUUAGGUUUUGAAGGAGGUCUUGGAAGGUUUGGGGGGAGGUGUGGUUGUUGUGACGAGGGGGAGGGAGAGGGUUAGAGGUGAAGAAGAGCUCUCGUGUUUGUGAGGGUUUGUCGGAAUUUUGAGUUUGCCCCCCCUUUUUUUUGUGGUUGGGCACGGAGGUUGAGAUUGAGCGUCAUGGGAUGGGAGAGGAGGAUCAAGGAUGUUGGUUUGGAUUUUUGAGGAAUUUUGUGGGAGGGUCUAGUUUAGGGUGCGGAAAUCAGGUGAACGAGGUGUCGGAGGAUGGUCUGAAGGUCGUUUGCGAGAGGAGCGCACUUUGCGUGGAUUUAUUUCGCAUGGUCGAUUCCUCGGGUGGAUUCGGGAUGCCUUGGAAGGAGCUUCACGAAGUGGAUGAUGUUGAGAUGAUGAUGAUGAUGAUGUGAACAGGGUGAUGUGGGCGUGGUUGAUUAGAAAUUGUUGUGUGGAGGGCUCGGAUUUUCAGGCUAGCGGGGGUAGUGUUUUGGAAGACUGAUCAGUUAACCCGGGUGAGUGAGUGAGUGAGUGAGUGAGUGAGUGAGUGAGUUCAGAUGGGCUUAUUAGGUUGGCGGAGGGGACGGUCAAUCCUCCACGUGUUGGCGUUGGUCUCGGUGUUAUCGCUCCUUGCGCUUCGUGCCUCAGCGGCUAGUCCCUCCAAAAAAGGUGGUUCAACCAUCCUGUUAUUUCUAGGUUCAGACUCAGAUGAUAACAGAGACGACGGUAACCUUUCGGAUGGUGAUGAUGGGUCAUCCGAGAGCUUGCAGACGGAGGUUGAAGAGGCUCCCCCCGAAUGGGAUGAAUUCAGUGAUGCUCAGGAUUCACAGCGGACCGAUGAGGACUUGGAUCCUGGAUCGUGGAGUCAGAUCCUAGAGCAACCACCUAACUGGGAUACUCGUCACAAACAGUGUGCUUCCGGGAUUCGGAAGAUGAUUUUAGCGGUAAAUGAAGAAGAUCCCGGCAUGUUAAGUGAGGCGAUUGAAAUCCUGCGAUCGGAGGCAGAUAUUGGGAAUCCUCAUGCUCAGUCAACACUCGGUUUCUUGAAUUGGAUGGCUAUCGGUGUACCAUACAGUGACGCCAAGGCUUAUCUUUAUCACGAGUUCGCUAAAGAAGGUGGAAAUCCACAGUCAAAGAUGGCACUUGCCUACCGCUACUACCGCAAUCAGGAAUAUGAAAAAGCUGUGAAACUAUACUCUGAGCUCGCUGCCAUAACCAUGGCGAGUUUUGUAAGUUCCAGAGAGGGUCCUCUCUUGGAGUACGUGCGGUUGAAUUAUGGAUUAGAAGAGAGCAAGGAUGUGUUGAAAAAGUUCCGAGGAGAAGAGGACGACGACUUCCAGUUUUUAGAGUAUCAGGCUCGCAAGGGGCAUCCAGAUUUUAUGUUUCAGCUUGGAGUGUUCUACUACUAUGGCUUGCGAGGUGUUCGGCGUGAUCACAGCAAAGCACUCCUCUGGUUGCUGAAGGCAGUUGAGAAGGGUGAGUCACGACCGUUCGAGCUGUUAGGGGAGAUAUACGCACGUGGAUAUGGUGUAGAGAGGAAUUACACCAAGGCUUUAGAGUGGUUUAAGGCUGCUACUGCACGGAAGCAGCAUUCUGCCCUGAAUGGGAUAGGUUUUCUUUAUAUUAAAGGACAAGGUGUAGAAGGCAAAAAUUACACCAAGGCUAGGGAAUAUUUUCAACGUGCUACAGAGGCUAGCAAUGUGGAUGGAUUUUAUAAUCUCGGCAUCCUGUAUUUGAAGGGCUUGGGAGUUGAAAAAGACUACUCACGUGCCAGGGAUCUUCUGGUGGACGCUGCCAACAAGGGGCACCUCAAAGCGCGAUAUCAUCUUGCAAUUAUGUUGCAUAAAGGCACGGCAGGCAUGAAGAAAGAUCUUGCUCACGCUGCGGCAUUGUACAAGCUUGUAGCAGAGAGGGGCCCCUGGGGAAGAUUGAUGCGUCAAGCUUUAGAGUUUUAUAUCAAGGGCCAUGUCGGCAAAGCGUUAGUACUGUAUUCUCGCACUGCGGAGCUUGGAUAUGAAGUAGGCCAAAGUAAUGCAGCUUGGCUGCUUGAGAAGUACCGAGUUGGGAUUUGCAUCGGAAGCUCUGGCAUUUGCAAAACUGAAGAGCGCCACCAGCGAGCACAUAACCUGUGGCGACAUUCCUCUGAGCAGGGCAACGAGCAUGCGUCGUUGCUGUUAGGAGACGCUUACUAUUAUGGUCGAGGGGCAGCCAAAGAUCUGGAGAGAGCAGGUGAGGCCUACAUCAGAGCAAAGGAGAAGCAUAGCUCACAGGCAAUGUUUAACCUGGGCUACAUGCAUGAGCGAGGGUUGGGUUUGCCAUUGGAUCUGCAUCUUGCGAAGCGGUACUAUGAUGAAGCACUUGAGGAAGAGCCAGCAGCAUUUGUACCCGUUACUCUUGCUCUCACUAGUCUUUGGUUACGACAGCAUUACAGUGGGAGUUUUCUGGUGAAGGUUAUCGAUUCCUUGCCGGACGCACAGGCAAAUCUUGAGGAGUGGUGGAGCAACAUGACUGUGGAUGAACUUGAUGCAUUGCUAGUCACACUUCUCCUGAGCUUAUUGUUUGUUAUAUAUGUAAGACAAAGACAUCGGCAUCACUAUGCAGCUGCUGCUGCCGCUGCUGCUCCACCUCCUGUUUUGCCUGCGCAGUAAUUCCCCUUUUUGACUCUACAUAGUUUAUAGUGGUUCCUUGGUUGCUAAAAUAUCAACCAAUUUCAAGUCUUGGUUGGCGGAUUGCGUAUAAUGCGAGGAUAGAAUCGGGAACCCUAUGUGCUGAGAGCACUUGCUUUCGGUUGCCUUCUUCACAUGGGUGUGCCCACGAGCCCCGCUUCAAAACUGCAGUGCCAUGUAUAGUUUAUAUUCUUCUCAGCUGGGAAUUGUGUAUCGUCAUGCCAAUAUCUGUAGAUUAGUGAUGCAGUUGAGAAAUUCAAGCUCGACAGUUGAGACUUGGAGAUGAUGGUCAUUGACUUGAUGAGGGGAAGUUAACAUUCAUAAUGAGCAGAGAGUUUACCAAUGUAUUUAUAUCCACAUCUCUCUUUUUCUCUCCAUAUCUUUACAUAUACGAUUGAAACUUUUGA